CAAUCGAAUUCAAAGCAGCACAAAGUUUAGAUUAAGUCAAUUUUUAUUUAGAAGGGAGAAAAUUCCACGUCGGCCGGCAGUUAAAAAUGCUACGACAUCUUCAUUCUCGCCGGAGACUGUUUCCAACGGCAACGACGCGCCUCUUCGCUGUCGGUGAUUCCGCCGCCGAAAUGUGGCCGGAGGCUAAAGUCCUCCACCUCCGGCGAGCACUCGCCGUUGCGCUCCUCUUCGCCACUGUUUCUCUCUCAUGCUUGGUUCUCAUCAGAGAUGUCGAAUCCUACCAUUUCUUCUCCUCUUAUCCUCUGUCUAGUUUUCCGAGCAUUUUUCCGUCGGCGUCCACGGAUCCCGUGGCGACAAAGAAUGAAUAUCCACUUGGAAAGAUCCUCAAUGAUGCGGCAAUGAAGGACAAAACGGUUAUCUUGACCACGUUAAAUGAAGCAUGGGCAGCUCCAAAUUCACUCGUUGAUCUUUUCCUUGAGAGCUUUAAAAUAGGAGACCGUACCCGUAGGCUUUUAAACCAUUUGGUUAUCAUUGCAUUGGAUCAAAAGGCGUUUGCACGCUGUCAAGCUAUACACUCCCAUUGCUUUUCUCUUGAUACCGAAGCUGACUUUCAUGAAGAAGCAUUCUUUAUGACUCCUAAAUACCUGAAGAUGAUGUGGAGAAGGAUCGAUUUUCUCCGCUCUGUUCUUGAAAUGGGGUACAAUUUUGUGUUCACGGACGUUGAUGUCAUGUGGUUUAGAGACCCUUUCCCAAGGUUUCACCUUGAUGCAGACUUCCAGGUAGCGUGUGAUCAUUUCACAGGUACCUUCGAUGAUGUACAGAACAGACCCAAUGGAGGGUUCAACUUUGUAAGGUCCAAUAAUAGGUCAAUAGAGUUUUACAAAUUCUGGUACUCGUCACGGACAACCUAUCCUGGAUACCAUGACCAAGAUGUCCUCAAUUUCAUCAAAGUUCACCCAUUCAUUUCUGAUAUCGGACUAAAGAUGAAAUUCUUAGAUACAACUAAUUUUGGUGGCCUUUGUGAACCAAGUAGGGAUCUAAAUCAAGUUUGUACAAUGCACGCAAAUUGUUGCAUUGGUAUGGAAAACAAGCUUUACGAUCUCAGAAUUAUGCUUCAGGAUUGGAAACAUUAUUUGUCUUUGCCUCCAAGUUUGAAGAGAUUGUCUGUUGUUUCCUGGAGGGCUCCUCAGAAAUGCAGCAUUGAAGCUAUCUUCAAACUCAAUGGUACACCAGAGAAGAAUGUUCAAGGUUGAAGUGCAUCAGUUCGAUUGCAUGCGUUACAUUUCUCACGUGUACAGGUGGAAGUUCAGAGUUCUCAAGGAUUAAAGGUUAGAUAUAGGUAUGAGUAGGAAAAAUCAGUUUUGCUAGAACUCUUUAAGUGAAGUAUCACUCCAACUAAAAGCAUAUAGGCAAUAUGAAAGUUGCAACAUGUUGUUCAAUUCAUUGAUUGGACGUGUUUCCAGGUGGGAAAUUUCUGUGCUUAACGCAAUCUUGUGCA